AUGAAUAUUUGUUGGGAUGAUAACGAGGUUGAAAGGAUCAAGAGACUAAUUCGGAAAUACGAGGAAGGGCAGAAGUUGUGCGCGCAGUAUCUACAAGAAGAUUGUACUAUUGAGCAGUUUUGUAGUUAUAUGAUUAAUUAUAACUUUAGAUCAUUUCUGUGUGAGAUUGCAAGCUUAGGCAUUAAGAUAGAACGCGCAGUUGCCGUUGAUGCGGGAUUCAGGAUUUUGCCGAAAACUGAGGAUGAAUACCGCAGAAUCGUUCGCCUGUUCAGAGAAGAGGACGUGCCCCAUCAUACGUUCCCUCUCCCUUCAGAACGAAAUAUUCACGCGGUAGUCAGAGGUAUACCCGCAAUGUUUUCAGAACAGAAGAUCAAAGGGGAAUUAGAACAGAGGGGAUAUACUCCUCUCCACAUUACCCGACUCAAACGCAGUGGCGGCGCACCCAUGCCUUUGGUGGUCGUGAUACUGCCUAAGAUUGAAAAGUCCCAGCAGCUGUUCAAUGAACAUGAGCUGCUGGGUCUAGCCAUCAGAAUUGAAAAGUACCCGGCUGUGAGAGUGAAUUUGGAGGACGUUACGGACCGGAUAGAAAAUGAUGGAGCCGACGACAUAACCGACGAUGAUAUUGUGAAAAUGGUGGUUAGUAACGAAACCGUCACCGAAGAUAUUGAAGACGAACAAAUCAAUCGGAUUCCACGCUCUGAAGGUCUAAAAGGUGGCAUCUUCUCAGAUGGUUUCAUAGCGUCAUUGCCCAAAACUUUGUUGCACAAAAGGCAUUUAGGCGAUUGUUUGUCCGGCAAUGAUGGACUGAAGUCAAAUUUCAAAUAA